UUAUAGUUCUCUUGAUCGCAGAAAGAAGAAACCAUGGCAAGAACUAAGCAGACCGCUCGUAAAUCCACCGGAGGAAAAGCCCCCAGGAAGCAGCUGGCCACCAAGGCUGCCCGUAAGAGCGCCCCGGCCACCGGCGGAGUGAAGAAGCCUCACCGUUACAGGCCCGGUACCGUGGCUCUGAGAGAGAUCCGUCGUUACCAGAAAUCCACCGAGCUGCUGAUCCGCAAGCUGCCCUUCCAGCGCCUGGUCCGAGAAAUCGCUCAGGACUUCAAGACCGACCUGCGCUUCCAGAGCUCCGCCGUCAUGGCUCUGCAGGAGGCCAGCGAGGCUUACCUGGUCGGUCUGUUCGAGGACACCAACCUGUGCGCCAUCCACGCCAAGAGGUGGAAAAUGAGUGGUCGCGGAAAAGGAGGAAAAGGACUCGGCAAAGGAGGCGCUAAGCGUCACCGUAAAGUUCUCCGUGAUAACAUCCAGGGCAUCACCAAGCCCGCCAUCCGCCGUCUGGCUCGCCGCGGCGGAGUGAAGCGUAUCUCCGGUCUGAUCUACGAGGAGACCCGCGGUGUGCUGAAGGUGUUCCUGGAGAACGUGAUCCGUGACGCCGUCACCUACACCGAGCACGCCAAGAGGAAGACUGUGACCGCCAUGGAUGUGGUGUACGCUCUGAAGAGACAGGGUCGCACCCUGUACGGCUUCGGAGGUUAAACCUGGUCGGCUAUACAAAAACACAACGGCUCUUUUAAGAGCCACC